GAAAUUACUUCCUAUUUCAGUUAGAAAGCGCGAACGAAAUAAAUAGUAUUUAUGGUGCAAGGGAGGCGACUCUAAUAGCGAGCACUGAGUUUACAAAUAUUCAAAUCGCGCCGUAUUUGUCUCUCUUCUUGUAUAUAAAUGUGUAGCAAUUGAUCGAUACUCUGCUCGAUCCUACUACUGUGGAUGUUUAAACAUUUAAAAUUACGAAGUUAUGCAUGAGCAGUCAAGGGGAAAUAUAUCCACGAAGAGAGGAAGUUAUAUCGCACUCAUUCAUUGCGUGAAUAUAUGUUUUAACCGUCUUGCUUGACCAACAGUUGAAGGGUCUAUAAAAAAAAUGUUUCAUGGAUACAGAUACCCUGUUUAUCCGGUGACAUCAUGUCCUCCGGAUGAUGCGGCCUGGGAGUCGGCCUCUAGGCGGAGAAACUGCAGUCGUGACAUCGUCAAAAACCGUUACAUCUGCGUACCCAAUCAAAGCAAGACUUCACUGCUGGAGUUCUGCUAUGAUGAAAUCAGACCUAUGGUUCAACCUGGAAACUGUAUAGAAUUAGCCGGUACAGGAACUUUAAAUCAGCAGAAAUGUUCUACGUUUAGGGAGGGAUGCCCGACAGACCCUUACUUCAGCGAUCUGAUAUACAAAAAUCCUGCUUGUUUGCAAAUCAACACCAUCAACGGCUGUUAUGUUGCUGACCCAAAGUGUCCAAACAAAACGGAUAGAGAUAGUACGCUCACACCGGCUAACACAACUGCAUAUCCCAUACCCAGCACAGAUGGAAGUGGUAGCGUCUGGAUAGCUGGUGCUUUCGUCGGAACUGUCGUGGUCAUCUUAAUCCUUUCAGUACUAAUACUGCUAUUUCUUCGAAGAAGACACGGGCACCGAAGACGCGGUGGUGGAAAGUCUACACGUUCAACAAACCUGCUGUUGGGAUCAGAGGAAGAAGACGGGGUUGACGAAAAUAUUGAAAUUCCAGAAACAUCAAUAGGACGAAAAUCUAGCUCUUCUAUGACACCGAAAGUAUGUGAUCUUGGUGUACGUCCUGUUACGAUAGAGUCCCCAUUCUACAAAGAAACAAGAGCAUUUAUGGCUGUAAAAGACGCCAUAGCAAAGAAUAAUUGUGUUCUUAUAAUUGGUGAACCCGGAUGUGGAAAAACGGCAAUGAUGAAUGAAGUAGCUAACAGUCUGAUUGCAGAUGAUUAUGACAUACAGGAAGUUUUCACUUUCCAAGAUAUCAAAUCGUAUCCAGACAAGAGGAACCUUUACAUUUUUGAUAAUGCCUUUGGAAUAUUUGGAUGUGAUAUUUCAUUCAUAGACAUCUUAGAUAAUUUUCGAGAUAUCAAGACACUGCUGAGAAGUAAAUACAAUAAACUUAUCAUAACAUGUAGGCUUACCGUGUAUAGAAAAAUGCAACAAUUCAAUUUUCCGUCCGUGAUGAAAGUUGUGAAUCUUUCUGAUCCUUCAAUUUCCCUGUGUUGUCAAGAGAGGAAUAAUCUGCUUCAGCAGUUUUGCAGUUAUCACCAGCUGUUGCUGCCAGAUGUUAAACUAUUAGCGGGUUGCAUAAACCAGUCUUUUCCACUAUUGUGCACACUUCUAUUUGAGGUUGAUGAAUUAAGAGCACAUGCGGCUGAUAUUUUUGAAAAUCCCAUUGCAUCACUUCUUGAAUUCUUUGAUUCUUUAAGGCAAGACAGACCACUUACCUAUAUUUGUCUUGUAUAUUGUGCACUACAAUGCCCCGUGCAUUACCCUUUAAAUAAUCCCAAAAAUUGUUCUGAGAAAGAAAACUCCGUGAUUAGGUCAUGCGAAAAAUACUACAAGGGUGUCUCCAUGGAAAUGGUUCAACAGGAAUUUGAUCAAAUAGUAAAAACAACAGCAUGGCUACAAAAAAAGAGAAACACCAGUACUUACAUUUUUAAGCACACCUAUGUGUAUGAAAUACUUGCAUAUCAUUUUGGGAAGAGUCACCCAGAUGAUUUCUUGGCAUCCAUGGCUUGUAAUUACAUCGCAGAAAAAUGUUUGGUGAGAAGUGAGACAGAAAAAAAUGUUUAUGGGGAACAGCUGUGUUUACUUACGGACAACGAAAGAUUGAAAGACAGACUUUUUGCUGAUAUAGAUGAUGGUGAAUAUGUUGAUGUAUUCACAAACGAAUGUUGGAAAAAUGAUGGAUUUCGUGAAACCUUUGUGAGAUCUGUGCGAGAAAUGACAUCAGAGGAUCGUGUAAAAACGUUUUUCAAUUCCACUUUGGUAAAACGGAGACCUUAUUUGAUUAAAAAAUCUAAUAAAAACCCAAAGAACUAUAUUUCUUUGAAGAGCAAUGAUGCCGGAUGGUUUCGUGAGAAACUUCUAGAAGAUCGGACGGAGACAGUGGAGGGUGAUUACAUUUACCAUGAGGGAAAGGUCAAAGCCAUAAGUUGGGUGAUAGGAUAUGGACUGCAUGACGUUCUUACGGAGCUAGUCAAUAAAGAAGAAGACAAUAAACAUUGGAUAAGUCAUGCAGAUUUAACAAGAAAUGCUGAGCAGCUCAGACUGCUGAUGUUGGCAAUCCUCAGUGAAAAUCAGGAAACUUUGAUGAUUGUUUUGGGAAAUGUGAAUUCUUGUAACAUCAAUACUUCAUGCUUCUCCUUGGCCAAAAUUGACGGGGAUCAAUGUGAGAAGAUAUACUUAAAUAAGUAUAAGAGAUUUACUCCAUUAACAAUUUCUUGCUAUAAAGGAUUUUCCAGUGCAAUUAAAACACUUGUGGAAAAGGGAGCCGAUGUCAAUUUAAGAGAUCAGAAUGGAAGCUGUCCCUUAGUAUUAGCUUGCCGAUUUGGUGCAUAUUCUGAUGUCGAAUACCUGGUGAAUCGCCAGGCUUCUGUUUUGUGUAGGUCGGAAAAUGGCGAUUCACCUCUUAUUGCCGCUAUCAUCGGCAAUGAUUUGGAAAUUGUUCAGUUUCUUCUCAGCAAGAAAGCAGAUGUCAGUGAGAGCAACAAGAAGAUGAGAACUCCGCUCUAUUACGCGGCUAGAGGGGGGUCUCUGGACAUAGUCAAACUCUUAGUAGAAGCAAAUGCAGCGGUAAACGAAACUGACGAGUUUCAAAAGUUUCCGUUAUACUGGGUCGCUCAACUUGGCUAUUUUGAAAUAGCAUGUUAUCUUAUAGACCAUGGCGCUGAGAUUGAUCAGUGUGACACGAAGGGGAAAACUCCACUUUAUUGUGCAGCAAAGCGAGGAUACCUCAAAAUUGUUAAAGUUCUUGUCAAAAAUGGAGCUUCCAUAAAUUGGACAACUACAAAGAACAGAACGGCGCUUUACAGAACUGCGAAGAGAGGACAUUUUGAACUGUGUAAGUUUCUGUUGGACAAAAAAGCGAAUGUCCAUAAAACGGACUGUCAAGGCUACACUGCUUUAUAUUGGGCUUCUAAAAAGGGUCAUUUUAGUAUUGUAAAGUUGUUACUGAAUCAUAAUGCUUCUCCGAAUAAUCAGUCUGAUGGAGGAAAAACAGCAUUGUACUGGGCAGCACAGAGAGGCCAUUUAGAUAUUGCAAAAUCUCUCGUCGAGAAGGGAGCUGAUGUUAAUAUAGAAGAUGCGAGCAGUAAGUCUCCUUUGUACUGUGCUUCGAAGCGUGGACAUAAGGAAUUGGUAGAAUUUCUUCUUGAACAUGGUGCAGAUGUCAACACGAGAAACAUCAAGAACAAAUCAGCACUGUUUCGCGCGUCUAAGAGAAAUCAUUUGCAUGUUGUUGAAGUUCUCAUAGAAAAAGGAGCGGAUGUGAACCUUUCCAACAAUGAUGGUGAGUCUCCACUUUAUUGGGCAGCCAAAAGAAAUCAUUUGGAAGUUGUCGGUAAACUUUUGAGUGCCAACGCUAACGUAAACAGUUGCUCAAAUCUACAGCAGACACCUUUGUAUUGGGCCUCUCAGCGAAGCAACUUGGCCGUUGCUAAAGCUCUCGUUAAAAGCGGCGCAGACGUAAAUAAGGCAGGGAAAAACAAUAAAUCACCACUUUAUUGUGCAGCAAAACGGGGUUGUUUACCUAUUGUAGAACUUCUCGUGGAGCAAGGAGCUGAUGUUAAUACCAGAAACGUAAAACAACAGUCAGCACUGCUUCGGGCCUCGAAAAGAAACCAUAAAAACGUUGUGACAUACCUUGUGAAUAAAAACGCUGACGUCAAUCUUGGAGAUAACCAUAAAGAAACGCCACUGAAAUGGGCGGCAGAAAAUGGACAUUAUGACGUAGUCGUGAUUUUGUGUGAAAAAGGAAGUGACGUCAAUGCAUUUAAUUCUGAACAUAAAACACCGCUCUACUGCGCUGCAAAACAUGGCCGCGAAAAUAUCGUUCAAUAUUUAUUAGGAAAGGGGGCUAAUAGUGAUCUUCAUGACAGACAUGGUCACUCGCCAUUAUCCAUGGCAAGGGAUGCUGGAUACGAUAAUAUUGUUCAAAUCAUUAACUCUGCAAAAUAUGCAUCAACACCGACCUAUUAGAUUUUUUUACGUUACCGAACUAGAUCAAUCGUAAGAAAUAAUGGAUUUAAAUUCCGCUAUAAGUGUUCUUCGUUUUGAGUAUUAAUAAUCUUUAUCUUUCAAUAUGUAUUUGAGUAAUAGGUGUCUUUUCUGCUUAAGUACGGCUUGAAUUGGUAAAUGGUCAUGGCAUUUGAAAAACAACAUUAUUAAAAGCAACUUAAUACAUUUUGUCAACACUGUACACAUAUAGGAGUUAUGAUAUUGGUCACUGUUCGUUAUCUUCACAAUUUCAUAGUAAUAAAAAUGUUUUCGUCAAUUAUUCAAUGUUUUCUGGAAUCGGGAUUUUAACAUCUUUCAUUUAUUAAUACCCUUCUCUUCAUUACUCGUUUGUUUGAUUUUAUCUUAAGAUUAUUUUUCAGUAAGUGCAUGUAACAUGAAACUUGUUUGACAAUAUUACACACAUUUUGUCAACAAUGUAUGCAUAGUAACAAAACUGUUUGAGUCAAAUAUUCAAUGUUUUCUUGAAUUGAGAUUUUCAGCAUCUCCUUUAUUCCUUGAUACAAUGUACCCCUUUCUUUAUUACUUGUUUGUUUUUGUAAUGUUUGAUUGUUUUGUUUUUAUUUAAAUAUGUACAUGUAACUUGAAAUUAUCUUUGUGAUAUUGCUAUACAACAGUUAUUUAAAAACCUUCAUAAAUUCAAACAAACCUUAUGACCUUUACCCUUACCAAAUACUUUACUUCCCUCUUUCGUAAAUAAAGACACCAUAACAAG